AUGAACUCAAAAUUGCAAAACAUGCAUCUUCUUCCAUGGCAUCAUCUCCUCUUUCUGGCAAUGGUUGCAACCACAUUGGUUGUCACCACCGCUUCGAUAACACCCAAAAACAUGAUCACAGCUGCAAACACCACCAAACCCGGCUGCCAACAGAAAUGUGGCAACCUAACAAUCCCAUACCCCUUUGGCAUUGGUCAUAACUGCUACCUCGAGGAAGCGUACGCUAUCAUCUGCAACACCUCUUACAAUCCACCAAGAGCCAUACCUGUAUCACAAUACGGUAGUGACUUUACCGACAUCUUGGAUAUAACCGAAACCCAAAUAACUAUCCGAAACAAUGCUGUAACCUCACGUUGCUAUGAUUCGGAGGGGAAUGUGACCUCUGAAAUACCCGGGAACUUAGACAUGAUCGGGUCUCCGUUUAGUGUAUCGACUGAAAACAGACUUACAGUUAUCGGCUGUGAUGAGUACGCACUUCUAGAAGGUCAAGGCGUGAGUGCGACCUUAGAAUCGGCUGGUUGCAUUGCUCUGUGCAAUACAGAAGCGGUUACAAGAGGUUCGUGUUUGGGUUCGGGUUGUUGUGAAACACCCAUUUUAGCAGCUGGUUGGCAAGAGUUAUCAGUACGGCUUUCGAGCUUGCACGACGGCAUUGGCCGCCCAUAUGCUGACCAGCCAACUUGUAGCUACGCGUUCUUUGCACGGAAUGGGAGCUUUGAAUUUGGUGGGACUUCUGAUAUAACAGGUGCUGGUGGUGUUGUUCAGAAUAGAAUCUUGCAGGAAGUUCCUAUUGUGCUGGAUUGGAACAUUCAACUGAAUACUUCCUGCAGAGAGGCGAAACAGAUGAAUUCGACUGAUAAUCCGUACUUUUGUCAGUCUAAUACUGAAUGUUUUGAUACUUAUAUGGGAUACCGUUGCCGCUGCCUCCGUGGCUACGAGGGAAAUCCUUAUCUUCAAUCUGGUUGCAAAGACAUCAAUGAGUGCGCUGCUGGUACGAAUAAUCCAUGUACCACGGCUUGUGUUAACACUGUGGGGGGCUACAGAUGCUCUUGCCCUCGAGGUUAUUCUGGCGAUGGACAAAAGUCUGGGAGUGGUUGCGUACGGAAUCCGGAUAAGAGCUCGUCAACCCUCAAGAAAAUCACUCUUGGAUUAGGCAUAUCCUUGGGAACAAUACUUCUGCUCCUUGUUGGUUGGUGGUUUUCUUCUGUAAUAAAAAAGAGAAGGAUAAUCAAACAAAAGGCCAAAUACUUCGAGCGAAAUGGUGGUAUGUUACUAGAACAACAAAUGGCUACUGAUGAAAGUGUAGUAGCAAGACUUAAAAUCUUUACUGCAGACGAAUUAGACAAAGCAACUGACCACUUCAACGAGGACAGGAUCAUCGGACAAGGAGGUCAAGGUACGGUCUACAAAGGAAUGUUAAGCGAAGGGAAAAUCGUUGCCAUAAAAAAGGCGAAAAAGGUUGAUGAAAGUCAGUUGGGAGGUUUCAUCAAUGAAGUGGUUAUAUCAUCACAGAUUAACCACAGGAAUAUAGUGAAGUUACUAGGAUGUUGUUUAGAAACCGAGGUCCCCAUAUUAGUUUACGAGUUCAUCCAAAAUGGGACUCUCUUCCAUCAUAUUCAUAACCCGAGUGAAGAGUUUUCUAUCACAUGGAGAAUGCGUUUGCAGAUUGCUUCUGAUUCAGCUGGAGCACUAGCUUACUUGCAUUCAUCGUCUGCUAUUCCUAUCCUUCAUCGAGACAUUAAAUCCUCAAAUAUACUCUUGGAUGAUAAAUACAGGGGGAAAUUGUCAGAUUUUGGGACUUCAUUGUCGAUUUCUAUUGAUCAAACUCAUGUUACCACUCGAGUUAUGGGGACGUUUGGUUAUUUAGAUCCGGAGUACUUUCAAUCAAGUAUGUUCACCGAAAAGAGUGAUGUCUAUAGCUUCGGGGUAGUUCUUGUCGAGCUUAUAACCGGACAAAAGGCAAUACGUGCUACAUUGGAAGAAGAUAGAAGUUUGACAUCUUGGUUUCUUUCCCAUAUGAAAGACUCUCGUCUGCAGGAUAUUGUAGAUUCUGAAGUCCUGCAAGAGGGUUCAGAAGAAGAGUUGCAGACUAUUGCGAAUCUUGCAAUGCGGUGUUUAAACUUGGAUGGAAAGAAAAGACCCACCAUGAAAGAAGUUCUGAUAGAGAUAGAGGGGGUAAUAUCACUUCAUUUCCUUGAAAGAAAUAGAAAGAACGGCCCAGAAACCGAGGAAACAGUCACCGGAAAAAUCAAUCAUAUGUAUGAAGGACAUGGUUAUUCGAGUUCUAGCGCAUUUUAUAAAGAGAAUAGCUCUUUAUGUUCUGCAGAAAUGUCUUUGUUAUUCAAUCCUAGAUAAUGAUAAAUGUAGAGUGGAAAAUGUGUCAUUCCUUCUUAUUAAAAGGAACAUGGUUUCCCCUUGAGAAAGUUGUUUUCCACCCUUAAGAGAAAGUUGAUUUCCACCCUUAAGAAAAUUGUUUUCCGCCUUAAAACAAACAAAUAAAAUAAGAAAAUCAUUUUUCUGAAAAGUGUUUUCUG